AUGGCCUAUCCAACUCAACGAAGAAAACUAAAACGGAGAAAACAAUUGGAAAUCUAUUGUCUGGGAAAUUUAAAGAAAUAUCUGCAAGAGACCACCCUACAUGGCCUCAAGUAUUUGGCCGACAGCUCUCUGACAAAUUGGGAAAAAUUAUUUUUCUUUAGUGCCUUUGUGUUGUGCUUCAUUGCGGUGGUGCAUCUGACCGUCAACAUCUAUGCCAAAUGGGAUAGUACCCCAGUAAUGAUUGGCAUAAGUCCACAGCCGACAUCGAUAGAGAAGCUACCACUACCCGCCUUGGUUUUGUGUAACAUGAAUCAGGUCAUGUAUUCGAAGGUGGUUAAUUACACCAAAGGUUCCAAGGAAGAUGCUCUCCUCCAGUAUUUAUGUUAUUCGGAAAUUGCCUAUGAUAGUAAAAAGGCUAAUUUGAAGGAAUUUAAAAAUAAUGAUUUGGAGCUGGCGAAAUUUAUUAUUGCCCAUUCGCAACCCUGCUCUCGUAUGAUGAUUGCCUGUAUAAUCGGUUCCGUGGCCUACAAUUGCAGUGAGCUGUUUCGUGAAGUUGUAACCGAUGAGGGUCUCUGCUGUGCCUUCAACACAUUGCAUCCCAAUUUUUUAUAUAAAGCAAAUUUACCCCCUAAAUACUAUCCACGGCCAACAUUGGGUACCGGCAUCGCCAUGGGCGUUUCUGUCAUCCUAAAUGCCGAAGUUGAUGAAUACUACUGCUCGACAAGUAAUAGUGCCGGAUUCAAAGUAAAUCUUGGCACUCCCAUUAAUAGACCCCUGGUCGGUGAAACAGGUGUUAUUGUACCAUUGGGCGCCACAACCAGUUUUCGUAUCGAUGCCCAAAUUAGCCAAUCCUCACCGGCGAUAC